AUGGCAGUCAUAAACCAGCCGUCCAACCAAAUCAAGCUCACCAAUGUUUCCCUUGUUCGAAUUAGAAAAGGCAAAAAGCGGUUUGAAAUAGCCUGCUACCAAAAUAAAGUCCAGGACUGGAGACUGAGAGUUGAGAAGGACAUAGAUGAGGUGCUCCAGAUUCCGCAAGUGUUCAUGAACGUUUCCAAAGGUCAGGUGGCCAAUAACGAGGACCUCCUUAACGCCUUUGGCUCUACAAAUCACGACGAGAUCAUCCUAGAAAUCUUGGACAAGGGCGAGAUUCAAUUGAACGAGAAGGAGAGAAGUGCCAACUUGAGGCAAAAGCAGAAUGAGUUCUUGAACCUCAUCUCCACGAAAUGCAUUAACCCCAGGUCAAAGAAAAGAUACCCUCCCAGCAUGAUUCAAAAGGCGCUCAACCAGCUCAAGUUCCAUUUGAACCCCAACAAACCAGCUAAGACGCAAGCUCUAGAAGCAAUCAAGCUCUUGAUUGCAGAGCAGGUCAUGCCAAUUGCCAGAGCUCAGAUGAAGGUGAAAAUCACGCUUCUCGCUCGUGUCCAGCCGGCUUUCGAUGAACACUUUAGAGCGUUGCUUGAUACGGUAGAGGAUGAGAAGGCAGGUGAGAAGUUGUUCGAGGCCAUUGCGAUCAUUGAUCCUUCCAAUUACAAGUCCAUUGUGGACUUGCUCCAGGGCGAGAAUGCACAGCUUAAAAAGGGAGAAGGUGCUGUGGAGGUUCUCGACAUGGCAGCUAUCAAGGAGUAG